GAUGACGCGACACGGCAAGAACUGCACAGCGGGAGCCGUCUACACCUACCACGAGAAGAAGAAGGACACAGCGGCCUCAGGCUAUGGGACCCAGAACAUUCGACUGAGCCGGGAUGCUGUGAAGGACUUUGAUUGCUGCUGCCUCUCACUACAGCCCUGCCAUGAUCCCGUUGUCACCCCCGACGGCUUCCUGUAUGAGCGUGAGGCCAUUCUGGAGUACAUCCUGCAUCAGAAGAAGGAGAUCGCUCGACAGAUGAAGGCCUAUGAGAAGCAACGAGGUGCCCGGCGAGAGGAGCAGAAAGAGCUGCAACGGGCAGCAGCGCAGGACCAGGUGCGAGGCUUCCUGGAGAAAGAGGUGGCCAUUGUGACCCGGCCCCUCAAUCCCUUCACCGCCAAGGCUGCCUCCGGGAAGGGCCUAGAUGAAGCCCAGCCUGGACCCAGUGCAGGCCUCCCAAGUAAGGACAAGGACAAGGCACUGCCUAGCUUCUGGAUCCCGUCGCUGACACCUGAGGCCAAGGCCACCAAGUUGGAGAAGCCUUCCCGCACAGUGACCUGCCCCAUGUCGGGGAAGCCUCUACGUAUGUCCGACCUGACGCCGGUGCGCUUUACACUGCUUGAUGGCUCGGUGGACCGCGUGGGGCUCAUCACUCGCAGCGAGCGCUACGUGUGCGCUGUGACCCGAGACAGCCUGAGCAACGCCACACCCUGCGCCGUACUGCGGCCCUCUGGGGCCGUGGUCACUCUCGAGUGUGUGGAGAAGCUGAUUCGGAAGGACAUGGUGGACCCAGUGAACGGGGAGAAGCUCACGGACCGAGACAUCAUCGUGUUGCAGAGGGGCGGCACUGGCUUCGCGGGCUCCGGAGUGAAACUGCAGGCUGAGAAGUCACGGCCGGUGAUGCAAGCCUGAAGCGUGGGCCACAGGGAGAGCUUUAGAGUAAAGGCGCUUGGAUUCG